UUGUACCCUUUUUGGUUAAUCAGAACAAACCCGGAGUAUUACGAGGCCGUGCGUGAACCUAUUGAUUUAGCUCGAAUCCAAGCCAAAAUCAAAGGUGGUGAAUAUGAAAAUGUGGACAGCAUGGCCGCCGAUAUCAGUCUAAUGGUUGCUAAUACAAAAGCAUUCUAUCCUGCGUCCACCACCGAGUUUGCAAAAGCUGUAGAACUUCAAGAGGUAUUUGAAGCCGAACGAAGUAAGCUUCAGGCGGUGGCCACCGCCAGCACGGCUUCAACCACCAGUUCCAUUGGAAGCAGUGUUGUUGGUCGGCGUGGCAAUCGCAAACGCCCAAUGAAACGUGAAGAAAUGGACGAGGAUGAUGCGGAGUCAGCUUCAGUUGCCGCGUCGGACGAUUCUCGUAUGGCUCCUUCGGAAACAAGUGCAACUAACCUCACUGAAUCCAGUCAGCGUUCUUUGGGAUCGGAAAGUCCGUUCGAACUUCUGUUUGCUGCAAUUGCGAAGUACCAAACGGAGGAUGGAAGGCUGCUUGCUCCUACAUUUACUUAUCUUCCUUCUCGAGAGCUUUACCCUAUCUACUAUACGGUCAUUAAAGAGCCCGUAGAUUUACGGAUGAUAGCCCGCCGAAUACAAUCUGGCUUCUAUUCUACACUGGAUGACUUGGAAAAAGACUUCAUGCUGAUGUCGCGCAAUGCGAAGACAUUCAAUGAGCCUAGAUCAGCGAUCUACCAGGAUGCUUCCAUACUCGCUCGAAUCCUGAAGGGGAAACGCAGUGAAGCUGAACACCCACCUGUUCGAACCAAUCGCGAACGUGGGAAGCGAUCUUCGCGGUUAAGUUUUAACCCACACGAAGUGGUUGAGGAGUAUGCUUCACUACCAGAAACACCAACUAAAGAGGCUGAGCUGGUUCAGCGUGACCAAAUGUUGAACCGAGGACUGAGCGCAACAGCUUCAGGCACAGAGGAUGAAGAGGAUACUCGGGCCACUGAAACAUCUCAAAGUUGUUCUUCAGUCAAUUCAUCAACUGGAAAGCGAAAACGUGGCCGUCCACCAAAGAACCCCCAACCGAUCGAUUUGAACAGCCCUGGUACUUCCAAAGAGUCUAUCACAGUUGGUAGCCCAACGCAAACAGGUCAAUCGCUACCAGGGUCUCCCCAGCCGUUGAGCACUGCAAGCGUAGCCACAACCAGUACUCCUCCUGCAUUGGGUUCGACUCCCAUUCCGUGCCAGUCGGCUGGAGUGUCUCGUUAUCGUGUGGGCACGGUUCGGUGGCGCGAAGCUCAAGUUCUUCAGGCUGUUUUAGACGCACGCAACGAGGCGGGUCAUUUGAUGUGCGCUCCAUUUUUACGAUUGCCUUCUCGCAAAAUCUACCCGGACUACUAUGAAGAAAUAACUCAUCCGAUUAGUUUGGGUGAUAUCAAGAAGAAGCUUAAGCAAAAUGAGUAUCCCACCUUGAAUUCAAUAUUGGCUGAUUUGGAUUUGGUUUUCAAAAAUGCGCAACAAUACAAUGUUGAGGAAAGCAUGAUUCACCGAGACUCCUUAGUCCUUCAGCAGAUCGCCCGACGUCGAUAUCACGAAAUGCUCGGGUUUCAGACGACGCCAUCAAAACGUUUGCCUCCGUUGAACUCAGAAUGUUCCACAGUUAUUUCUCCUGAUCAAGGCGACAGCUUGAUUUCGAGCUCCACCGGUGACAAUACUCCAUUUCGUAAAUUCGGUCGUAAGACUUUGACAGCUGAAGAGGCUAAAGCCAAACGGUUGCGCAAUCUUUUCAACACUGUGUUCAACUAUGUGGCUGAAGAUGGCCAUCGUCCGCGGGAUGUGUUCAUUCAUCUCCCGUCCAGAGAGGAAUAUCCCGACUAUUACCAAGUUAUCCCCGAACCGAUCGAUCUAACAAUGAUCAAGCGUAAAAUGGAUGAAAACCACAUGAAUGUCACGAAGUUAAUCCUUUUUUUGUUUCUGGACAAUCUGUCAUACUACCAGUAUUCUGCACAUCAAGAGAUGGUUUCAGAUUUGCGUCUAAUGUUUAACAACGCUCGGCACUAUAAUGAAGAAGGUUCCGGAGUGUACAAUGAUGCCAUAAUUCUGGAGAACGUGGUCAAACGUCGUCUAAAAAGUUUGGGUCCCUAUCAAGGAAAUCCAAACAAACCAAAACCGAACCGAGUUUCUUCUGUUCCGAAUCGUCAAGUCGGCGUUGAUGGUCAAGCUCUGCCAUCUGGCAUUCUUGUUCCACAAGGAGCUGGACCAUCUGGACAACAUGCACCGCUCUCAACCCAGCCGGGUAUGCCGCUGUUGCAACGGGUGAUUUUGGAGUUAUUUCAAACUGUCAGGGAAUAUCAAGUUGGUGGUCGUCAGUUGUCAAAUCCAUUCAUGCGCUUGCCCACUCGGACUGAGCUGCCUACGUACUACGAGUUCAUCAAGAAACCGAUCGAGCUAGCAGUUGUGGCCAAACAGAUUGUUCAAUCUCGCUAUACNNNNGAGGAUUUCAGUUCUGAUUUGUUUCUCAUGUUUGAUAAUGCAUGUCGCUUCAAUGAACCGGAUUCACAGAUCUAUUCGGAUUCCCUCAUUCUGCAUCGAGUGUGCUUAGCCAAGCGUGCUGUGCUUUUAAACUCAUUCGCCACACAUUUGGCUCUGCCACCUUGUUUACCACCGGAUAUCAACACAGGAAUACGACGUCUUUUGACCAAUCUGCACAAUGCCAUGCUGACUGCUUGUGAUUCUGACGGACGUGGACUUGUAGAUUCUUUGAUUGCCGGGGACGGAACUGAAGCUAUGCUUACUUCAGUUACUGCCGCUCGCUUAGCUGCCCUUCAUCGUGCGGUGGCCGCUGGAUCCUAUCGUCGGUUAGAUCGUCUGCAAGCCGACUGGCUAGGGAUUUUGAAACGUGCACGCAUUGGCGAGGGCGAGGAUCAACCAUCUGGCGUACAGAAUCCAUUACCUACUGUGCAACAGCGCUUGGAUGCUGCCGAGUUGGCUCGACGUUGGGUUCGUUUAAGGGAUGAAUUGUGUCAUCGACCAGCAAGACUACCACAAACAAACAACCCGUUCUUGCAAUUAGGCAGUUCGACAGACUCAGGCCCGGCUUUGUCUACUCACUUGGCACUUCUUAGUCCGGCUAUGACAUAUACAGGUGCUGCAUUGGACAAGGAACUUGCAGAAGAAGAUGAGCGACAUAAGUUGACUCUGCAUGGUGAUGAACAUUUCGAAGGUGCUCCACCACCACUGGAGGAGGGAGAUGUCGAAAUUCCAGUGAGUACUUUUAUUUUUGGUAUUGGCGAAUUUGCCAUUGAUCAACAAGGUUCUCAUUAUGGGAUUUUAAGAAGCCACGUGGAGGUUCGAAAUGUGGUAUAUCAGGUUGGUGAUUUUGUCUACGUUGAACCACUUCGAUCAAAUGUGACCCAGUGUCAUAUUGGCCGUCUGAUACGUUUGGUUCGUAAACUUCCUGCACAACCGCCAACAGGUGUCGGUGCUGACGGCGAGAAACCCAAGGAAGCGACAAAUUUCAACCAACCGGUAGUCGUGGCGUACAUAGCAUGGUACUGGCGGCCUUCUGAAUCGCGACCGUCACGCAGGCGACGUUUACUUACAGCUGAAGUGUUCCGUACCGCUUUAACUGAAGGGAUACCUGUUCACAAGUUGAUCGGUCGCUGUCUGGUUAUGCCAAUAUCUCAAUUUAUUCGUUUCCACGCCAAGAAUAUUGACGAACGAGAUGUGUACGUCUGCGAGUCCCAAUUCUCGAUCAAGUCACAAACGUUCAUCAAAAUCCGGAAUUGGACUGCCCCAACACCGGUUGGCGUGGAACUUGAGCAGCGCCCGGUUCCUUUCGUACCAACUCGCCUGCCACCGAAUGAACCGCUUGAGAACGCCCUGGAACAGGUGGAUACCAGUUUGUAUACCAGAAUGAAUUUCCCCAUCCCGCGACCCAACCAAACCGUUGUUCUCGAGGAGCACUUGGAAGGUGAGGAAACGGUGAUUUUCGAACAAUAUGUGCACCAGAAUGGGUUUCUGGUCAAAUUGGGUGAGUUUGUGAUUAUGAUUUGUAAAAGCAAUGCACGACAAGGUUCAUUUGAACUGAUAGCGUUAUCCGUUUUCAUUUAUCACCACAAACAUCGGAUAGUAACCCUUUUUUCAUUUCGUUAA